UGUUCAAUAAUUGUCAAAGUCAGCUGUUUGGUAUUUAAUGUUUUCGGUGUGCUCUGCAAAAUUAUUUCAACGAAAGAUUUUGUUAAUAUAGUUAUGGUACAUUAUUUCGAAUUUUCGAUAAUAUUGUUUGAGUAGAUAUGCGUUUGAUCAUAAAAGUUAAGGCAGCAAUUAGACUUAUGUUAUUACUCCACGUUGUGAUGCGGCUGUGAAGAGAUUCGAUCGUCGCCGUGAUCAGUAGUAAGUGUGCACUCGAGUUUGGUGGACGUGCCUUCAGUAGCGGUAAACUUAAGCUGAGAAUACCUGUUCGGAUUUCCUGUAUCCAUACUUCAUGCAGUGGAUUUAGUGUUACUGACGCACACGGUGGUACUAGUUAAGGGCAAGAAACAGAGAAUCUGCUGCCAAAGUCUUGUGAUAUCCAAUAGUUAAAUGGGAUUCAGUGCUUGCUUGUUAGCUGCAACGGGCGCAAAGAACUUCGUUUGCGUUGCUCAGUGGUGAAGUGUAGUGCGACAGGGUAUUAAGAACAACCUUCAUGUUCUGAUUGCAAGUAUCUCCUGAUAUUUUUACUGGUGUCAAGUGCAGAAAAGUUCAUUCAGUAAAAUAAAUAUACCGCAAUGGUUAUCUCGAAGAUUUGCUGCAUUGGCGCUGGCUAUGUGGGUGGACCCACGUGCAGUGUAAUGGCUCUCAAGUGUCCUGAUAUUAAAAUCACGGUCGUUGAUCGUAGCUUAGAGCGCAUCGCUCAGUGGAACUCCGACAAGCUACCAAUAUAUGAGCCUGGUUUGGAUGAGGUUGUCAGACAGUGUCGGAAUCGAAACCUGUUUUUCUCGACGAACAUCGAGACGGCAAUCCAAGAAGCGGAGCUGAUUUUUAUAUCGGUAAACACACCUACGAAAACCUACGGUAAUGGCCGAGGACGUGCGGCUGACCUUAAGUACGUGGAAGGCUGUGCUCGGAUGAUUGCUGAAAUGUCGCAAAACAGUAAAAUUGUUGUCGAAAAGAGUACCGUACCAGUUCGCGCGGCCGAAAGUAUUAUGCAUAUAUUAAAAGCCAAUCAUAAACCAGGUGUAAAAUAUGACAUUUUGUCGAAUCCCGAGUUUUUGGCUGAAGGCACUGCCGUUGAGGAUCUACUUAUGCCUGAUCGAGUAUUGAUCGGCGGGGAGGAAACGCCUGAAGGAAAGGCCGCUAUCGAUAAACUAUGCUGGGUCUACGAACAUUGGAUACCGAAGAAAAACAUUCUAACCACCAAUACCUGGAGUUCCGAGUUGUCCAAGUUAGCGGCGAAUGCAUUUCUUGCACAAAGAAUAUCUUCCAUCAAUUCGCUUUCCGCCGUAUGUGAAGCCACAGGCGCUGAUGUCUCCGAAGUGGCGCGAGCCGUUGGGCUUGAUUCAAGAAUAGGUCCAAAAUUCCUGCAAGCUUCAGUUGGGUUUGGAGGCAGUUGCUUUCAAAAAGAUAUUCUGAACUUGGUGUACAUAUGCGAAGGGCUUAAUCUUCCAGAAGUUGCUGCGUAUUGGCAGCAAGUUAUCGAUAUGAAUGAAUAUCAAAAAGUACGAUUCUCUCAAAAAAUCAUUGAAUGUCUUUUCAAUACUGUCACCGACAAGCGGAUAUCUAUAUUAGGGUUUGCCUUCAAGAAAAACACUGGGGAUACACGAGAAACCCCUGCCAUCACCGUGUGUAGAACGCUGCUUGAUGAGGGUGCUCAAUUAAAUAUAUACGACCCGAAGGUUGAACCGGAGCAGAUAAUCGCAGAUUUAACCCAUCCCAAAGUUGCCGAAAGUCCAGAACAAGUGAAAAAAGCGGUGAAAAUUUUUUCUGAUCCAUACGAUGCAGUGCACGGUACUCAUGCGAUCGUGAUUUGUACCGAAUGGGAUGAAUUCAUUAGCCUCAACUACGAGCGCAUUUACCAGUCGAUGAUGAAACCAGCGUACAUUUUCGAUGGACGGAAAAUACUUCAACAUGAAAAACUCCAACAGAUUGGAUUUCUUGUACAGACUAUCGGUAAAAAGUUAAACCGAAAUAUUCUAACCCGCUCAUGGGGGAGCAUUCCGCAGUUGUAGAAACCGUCGGUUUUAGAUAUCAGAACGUACUGAUAGUUUGCUCAUGUAUAGCUUUUUCGAAACAAACUCAACUGCACGAAAGCAAGUCUAACCGGUUACUCUAAUAAACUCGAAAAAAUCUAGUUAAAUGCCGAACAAAGUAUUAAAUAACAGCCUUUGAACAAAACUUUUUCUUGUUUAUAAUGCUGGAAUCGAAGAAACGAAAUCUUAUCGUAUUAAACUUGCCCCAGAGAUAGUUUGAUUAGUAUUUGUUGAGAAAACUCAAACUUUUUCAGUCAUAUCCACUCCUUUUUAGCUAUAUGCAGCUUUAAAGCUUUCUUUCUAGGUAUUUUAUUCUAGUUCAUAAACCAUAUUUCUGAGCACAAAUAUAGCAGAAAAUAGAUGCAAUAUAAUUAGAAGCUAAAUGAAAGAUGUGUGUUUCCUCAUUUUAUUUAAGCAGAACGUACUUUUUUUUCUUCCAUUCUCAUCGUAUUUUACGAUUUUAGGUAUUAUGAAAUGAUCACCACUGCUCUAUAUCAAUAGUUAAUAAUUCAUUCGUACA